CCAAAAUGAACGAUUAUAUUUGGAUUUUGAACGAAUCAAAAUGGAUGCUGGGUGUGAAUGAACUAUGUACUGAAAAACGAACAGCUUUUUAUCGAGUUGUGUCGUGGGCCCGAUUAUAAUCGGGAAUCCGGCAUCACGGUUUUGUUUUGUAAUAAUUUAGGCAGUGGUGAACUCGUAAAUGCGCCCUGAGAAACGGGAUUGAUCAAAUUAGUGCCUGAAAUCGGUGGAUACCGUGUCGGUAAUGUGUUUACGAGAGUGUCAGGCGAGCUUCCCGCAGGUGUCCCUAAUAGGAUGAGGACUCUGACGGAAAUAUUGAAUGUCGAUGCAAAUCAGCGAGUGGUGUAUGUCGAGCUGCCGUAGCUACUCGGUGCAAGAUGGCGAGAAUAUACGGACUAAAGUGUUGCUCGUGUGCUGUAUGAGCGGGCAGAAAUGAAAUGCAUAUACAGGAAGGAACAAACACAACUCUGACAACAUGUACCAAAAUGACAGAAGAAGUAGACAGAAGACAUGGUGUGAACGGCAACAGCAGUAGUAAGGGUGUCAAUGACGAUCCUCCUGUGCUUAGUUCCACUCCCGCUGCGUCGGGUGGAAGGCUUAAAUUCUAUAAAGAUGGAAAAUUUAUCUUGGAGUUGGUACGAGGAAGCGCGCGCGACGGCGAGCGCGCGGGCUGGGUGUCCGUGCCGCGUAAGACGUUCUGGCCGCCCGCCGCCGCGCCGCCCACGCCGCCACACGCCGCGCCGCCCUGCGCCUCGCUCUCCCUCUCCGACGACAACUCCUCUCUGCACUCCUCGCCCUGCACCUCGCACCGCGACCACUGCUGGAAGCAGACCACGCCGCGCCGCAACCUAUCCAAAGAGCUAACCAUGUACUACUGCAGGCCAACUACCCUGCAUAAUGCGCACAUACAGGCCGCCAGCCGCCUCAAACGGAGGAGGCCCUUCGACACGAACUAUUACGACACGCUACCUAACGGAACCUUUCGCAAGACUCUCGCCAAUGGUCUUUGCGACAAAAAACGAAACGGCGAGGUCGGUUCGCCGGAGAGUAAAAUUUGCAAAAGCGAAGAUGUCGUCGAUGCCCCGACCGACACGAAAACGAAAAUGGAGGAAGACAGGUGGACGGAUUUCGAUCGAGAGAAAUACUAUCAUAUGAAACUUAAAAAACCAUAUCAGUAUCAUAAGUUAAGAGUGUACAAGAAAACGAGAUCCGCGAUAAGGCGCAAAGAGUUGACUCGCACCGUCGACAGACUGCGGGAGAAGAUCGCGUCGCUUCCCGUCCUCGUUAACGCGAAGCUCGCGAGCUGUCGGCAGGAGCACAUGAUGGUCUCGCCCAGGAAGCGCAUCCUGCGGGAGAUGGAGCGCGUCAGUCUAGAGGAUCAGGUGACUAAGCGGAGGGCGAAGACCGUCCCCGCCCUGAGCACCGCCUCGUAUCCGCCGUCGCCGGGUCCGAGCCACACGCCUCACAAGCCGCCCGCGGACGCGUCGGCCCGCAUCCACAACGGCACCGCGCCCCGGAAGGAGACCACCGUGUCGAAGAAUGUCAGCAGCUAUAGCAUACACUCGCUGCUCAGCAUGCCCGACGAGAGUCCGACGCGUCGGUCGCCCGAGGCGAAGCGCUCGCCGCACUCGUACCCCCCCUCGCUGAAGACCGAGUCGCCGUCGAGCGUCAACUCGCCGGACCUCAGCCCCAGCCCGGACAACUACCGGUACCGGUACUCGGCGCUGACGCUGGGCUCGCCGGGGCGCGGCGCGGCGCGCGACUCGCCCACGCCGCCGCAGCCCGGCGCGCCGCCCGCCUUCCGCUCGUACGCGGCGCCCACGUCGCCGUACGGGCCGCGCGCCUGGCCCGCGCCGCCGGCCGCGCCCUACCGGCGCGACGAGUGGGCGGGCGCGGGCGCGCAGUACGUGUUCGGGUACGGCUACGUGCCGCACGUGUACCGCGCGCCCGCGCCGGCGCCCGCGCCGCUGUGGAUGCACUACGCGCUGGCGCCGGGCGCGCCGCCGGGCCCCUGGGCGCCGCUCGCGCACCCGCUGCUGUCCGACCACAUCCCCAAGGACGAGCCCACUUCGGAUUUGCCACUGAACCUGUCGAAGCACUGAACACGACGUCGCGAGCUCGGGCCGCCGAGCAGGCCGUUCGGACGCGGCGCGCGAAGGACACAGUCGGCUUCGUCAGGCGGCAGACGUUCACUAUUGUCGCUACCAUACAAAUGCGAUGUUGACACUAUACAAAGUUAUUCAAAGACUCUUAGAUUAAUUGAAGCAUAAAAUAAAAUAUAAUAUCGUUUUAAAUAUAUGUCGUCGGACGGGUGUCUGCAAACAUUCCAACGUCGCGUUGACCAAUUGGCGCUGUCGAGUCCAAAAAUCGCAUCCCACCUACACUCCGGCGCGCGGGGCCCCGCCCCCCGGUUAGAGUUUAUAAACUAUCUCCACUGCGAGAACGAACAAUAUUUUUAUAUAUCGUGAUUUUCCAGCAGAUCUGAAUGUCUGGAAAUUUAUUUACAAAGUUAUAUGUAUAAUAUACUGAAACGACUUUAUUUUAGUAUAAAGUGUAUGUAUGUAUGUAUGCAGAGUCAUGAGUGUAUUUUCAUACGAAUUAUUUGAACUGCGAAGUAAAUAUUUUAAUAUUGGCUAUUAUUUAAGAAUAAGAUGCUAAGAUCUAAACGAAACAAAAAUGCAGUUAUCGAUUGUUAACGAUCAGUGCCUUGUAAUAAAGAUAUUAUUGAAAAUAUUUAUGAAUGGAAAGUAUUACCUGAAUGAAUUUCCUGAUCUUUUGAUAAAUAUAUAAAAUACAGUUUUUUUCUAUCGUAAUUGUAUCCAUUUUUGAUAUAAUAUUUACAAAUUAGGUACAAACAUUUCGGUCCAUACUCAUUAAAAUCCAUAAAGAAUGACUACGUUCGAUCUCAUUAUUUAAUUUAGAAAAUAAACGAGGUAAAGACUACAGUUUUUGGGAUCAAAUUUGGAUGUGUGUCUAUGUAACAUGUAUAUUAAAAGACAUUGUAUAUAAUUUGUGAAUGGUGUAUUAUUGAUGAAAGUUGGGCGUAGAUUCUAUGAGCAUUAACCGCUUAUGAUUUACAUGGGUAACAAUCUAUUACCUUCAAAUAAUAAUUAAUUACGGUAAUUGUACAGUAUUUUUGUAUUGAGUAUUUUAUGGCGAUUAUGACGACUAUCUGUGUCUGUCGUGUUAUAGUUUUAUGUAGAGCCGACGCGCAAUGUUAGAGCGACCCUCGUCGCGGCAGCCCGAGGGUCGCGCGACGAGAGAGGGCUUUGAGAUUAAAAUAUAGAAGUAGUUUUCUGCAAUUUUAGUAUGGGGUUAUGUAUUAUAAGGACAGUUAAGUGACGGUACGGGACUGACUCUGAUGUAAUUUUUAUCUAUAAUGGAAUUGUAUAAAAUAGUCGUGUAAUCGGAGGCCUACUGUAACAACCAUUGUCCGCCAACAAAGUUGACUUAGUUUAAAUGUAGAUGUAACCGAACCUGCUCAAUUAAACUCUGAGUAAACUUAGGGAACAACUUAUUCAUUAUCGAUGUUGUAACUGGGACGAAACUGACUUGUAUAAUUUUUUUACACUUGUAAUAUUUGUGUCGAUAAAAAUAAUGACACCGACUUGCAUAGUUUCUAUAAGAUUAAAUCUAUAUUAGAUUUCUUAAAAAUAAUAUCACUAUAAUAUAUAUAAAUGAGGUAUAUAGAAUAACUUGUAAAUUAUAUUUUAAUAUAUACUAAAAUAGAGCACUGCAAUAUUAUGGCCUCCGUUUGAAAUGAUUCGUAACUUUAGUUUGUACGAUUGAAAUCUAAAUAGAUUUGAUCUUUAUAUUACUUUCAAGUUUUACUGAAUUUAACUGUUUUGUAUUAUUAACAUAAUAUAUAAAAUGUUAUUGAAGAAAAAAUACUAUAUAAAGUACACACAUGUGCCAUUAAAUAUUACUCUUACUAUGUAGGGUUUUUAGAAAUUAGAAACUCAGUUUCCUCCCGCGCACGAUGUUUAGCUACUGUUAUUGCAAAGUAAAAUAUUUUUCUAUGCAAACAUGUAUUUGUAAUGUAUGUGAUAGCGCUUUUCGAAUAAAGUAAAACGUGACGAUGCAGGUGUCUUAAAAUCAACUUAAAACAUAUUUAUCACGCGGAAUAAUAGCUAUUAUCCAUUUAUUUUAAGAUGUAGUUAUGUACUCGAAUAAAUAUAACUUU